UCUCUUCUUCUUCUUCUUCUUCUUUCUUCUUUCUCCAUUCCUUGAUUGAUAUUAUUGAUGGAGAACUACUCUUAUAGCUCAUCCAUGGGAAAACCGGUUGCUCGUAAACCGGCCGCAGAGGAUAAUUGCAGUGCUGAAGAGAGUGGUUGGACAGCUUAUUUUCAAGAUUUCUCCAACAAUAUUAAUAACGACAACAACAACAAUAAUGCGGAUGAUGAUGAAGAUGAUAAUAUUGUUGAAGAAAGUUUCUGUACAAAUAUUAGCUCUUCUUUGGUUUCUGAUGCUGCUUCUUACGCUGCAUGGAAAUUAUCUCCCACCAGAAGAAAAAACUCUCCUCAACAUCAUCAUCACGAGACUCCAAAAAAGCUGAGUUUCAAGAAAACAAGAGCCAAAGAGAUUUCUCAAGACGAUUCUUUAGAAGACACUGCUAGCUCCCCAGUUAAUAGCCCCAAGGUUGGUGAUCUGAAAGCGGUUGAUAUGAAAGCCAAACAGAGAGAUGAUCUUAUUGAUGAUUCUCUGGGAAAAAGAGGUACAUCAGAGUACUAUUCAGAACUGCAGCCAGAAGAAAGGAGGACAGUGGAUUUCAAUGGAGAAAACGACUGUUUAGACCUGAAGAAAAGAGGGUUGUGCUUGGUUCCUUUGUCCAUGUUAGUGAAUUAUCUUGGAUAAUUAAUCUCAAUAUAUCUUUAAUCUCUUUGUAGUCUCUCUCUCUCUCUCUCUCUCUCUC